AAUCAACAAAACUAUAGAAUACUCUCUACCAAUCCUUAAAAAUAUUUCACUUAUUCACUUUUGAUGAUUUUGUUGAAGUCUUCAAUUUUUUUUAUAAUUAAUAUCCAAUAACAUACCCUUAAAUGUGGAAGUGUUUUUAAUUUUAAUAUUAUUUAAUGUUUAAGACACUUAAGUGGGUUUAUGAGCUAAGGAUGAUCUUAUGAAGGAAUAUGUGUCUUUAAAAAAAGAAAAAAAUAUAAGAAAUUAAUAUUUUAUAAUAAAUCUUAGAUAAUAUCUCUUCUUUUAGACAUUGGUAUUAAAAUAGUUAUAAAGUUAAUUAUAAAAAUUAUUUAAGAGACACAUAUUAUAUCACCAAUAAUGAUGAUGCUCUAAAGACAUAUUCGGGCCUCGAGAUGGCACAAGGCAGAUAACGCUAAUUUUUCAAACAGUAGCCACGUGAAGGCUAUUUUAAACACAUGGGCUCACCGAUUUUCUAUAAAUGGGUACGUACCUCAAAGCUUAAGCGUACAGUCAAGCAUAACCCAGUUUUAGAUCACAUAUUCACAUUUUGUCUUUUGGCAAAAGAGAGAUACAAAAUGGGACCUCGUGUUGUUUGUGACGCAGAAAAACCACAUGUGGUUUGCGUGCCUUUCCCGGCUCAAGGCCACAUCAACCCGAUGCUGAAAGUGGCUAAACUCCUCCACCACAGAGGCUUCCACGUCACCUUCGUCAACACCGUUUACAAUCACAACCGUCUCCUCCGGUCCCGUGGGCCCAACGCACUCGGCAGGGUUCCUUCCUUCCGGUUCGAGGCUAUACCUGACGGUCUACCUGAGACUGAUGUGGAUGCUACGCAGGACAUCCCCGCCCUUUGCGAGUCCACCAUGAAGAACUGUCUCGCUCCAUUCAAGGAGCUUAUCCGGAGGAUUAACACGAGAGAGGAUGUUCCUCCGGUUAGCUGUAUUGUAUCAGAUGGUGCCAUGGGCUUUACUCUUGACGUUGCGGAGGAGUUUGGUGUCCCCCAGGUUCUUUUUUGGACCACUAGUGGUUGUGGCUUCAUGGCUUAUCCUCACUUCUAUCUCUUCAUUGAGAAGGGUUUAUGUCCAGUGAAAGAUGAGAUUAGCUUGAUGAAGGAACACUUGGACACAGUUAUAGACUGGAUACCUUCAAUGAAGAAUCUAAAACUGAAAAAUAUUCCUAGUUUCAUCCGUACCACUGAUCCCAACGACAUAAUGCUCAACUUCAUUGUCCGUGAGACUUGUCGAACUAGACGCGCCUCUGCUGUCAUUCUCAACACGUUCAAUGACCUGGAGCAUGAUAUACUCAGGUCUAUGCAAUCCAUUUUACCACAGGUUUAUCCAAUCGGACCGCUUCAUCUCUUAGUAAACCGGGAGAUUGAAGAAGAUAGUGAAAUUGGAAGGAUGGGAUCAAAUCUAUGGAAAGAGGAGACUGAGUGUUUGCAUUGGCUUGAUACUAAGUCUCGAAACAGCGUUGUUUAUGUUAACUUUGGAAGCAUAACAAAAAUGACCGUGACACAGCUCGAGGAGUUUGCUUGGGGUUUGGCGGCAACGGGGAAGGAGUUUCUAUGGGUAAUGCGGCCGGACUUAGUCGCCGGAGAGGAGGCAGUGAUUCCGACAGAGUUCUUAGUGGAGACAGAGGAUCGAAGGAUGCUGACUAGUUGGUGUCCACAGGAGAAAGUUCUUUCUCAUCCGGCAAUUGGAGGGUACUUGACGCAUUGCGGGUGGAACUCGACGUUAGAAAGUCUUUCUUGCGGAGUUCCUAUGGUAUGUUGGCCAUUUUUUGCAGAGCAACAAACAAAUUGUAAGUUUUCUUGUGAUGAAUGGGAGGUUGGGAUUGUGAUCGGUGGAGAUGUGAAAAGGGAAGAGGUUGAGGCAGUUGUUAGAGAGCUCAUGGAUGGUGAGAAAGGAAAGAAAAUGAGAGAAAAGGCGGAGGAGUGGCGGCGCUUCGCGGAGAAAGCGACGGAGCAUCCGUGUGGUUCGUCGGUGGUAAAUCUUGAGACACUUGUUAGCAGGGUUCUCUUAGGAAAGAAUCCUGAUACUGAUCAAAGUUAAUACAAAAUCAUAAGAUUAUCAUAAAAAUAUGUAAGAUUAAGUCGAAUUGUUUUUUCUUGUUUUCAUCGUGUGUAAUACAUUUAAUUUGUUUGA